UGCUGGUGAGAAGGCAAAAAAAAUCAUAACAAACAAACAUGAAUCUACCUACCUAGGUAGCCCAGGACAUAGGUACCCAUGGCUGACUCCUCUGAUUACAUACAUGAACAGACCAACUCGAACUGCUUUGCCGAUUCAAGUUGAUUUGACGUACAGCCAUCAAGCCGUACUAAACCCCAAAAAUAUCGCCGGAUAAAAGUAAACUUCUUGGGAUCUUAGUGCAUUCGACAAUCUUGCGACAAGUCAAGCGCGAAAUUAGACUUGACCUGAGGGUUGCCUGUUACCAGCAAAUCCAGAUCUCUGCCUUCCAAGGUCGUACGGAGUAGCGAGAGGCAAAGCGAGAGAGAGGGAUAGAAAAAAAAAAAAAAAAAAAAAAAAGACAGCCAAGAGGGAAGGAAAGCGCACUCAGCGCAGAGCGCCUGACCAGAUCCGCGCGCCACAAACACCAACCCCGCUUUGCCACGCCUUCCAGCCUUCUCAAUCCAUCCAAGAUUUUAUUCAGCUGUAGCAUGCAAUCGAAAGGGAGAAACGCACGCAAUACGGGCUGACGCAGUUGUUUGCCUCACGCUUGCAUUUCCCGCCAUAAUAACCAACCUCCAAAAACAGAAUCGGCUACAGGUUCCAUUUUGAUAUUGAUUAACAGCGCUACUGCUUGCGUUCAGUUGGAUGCUUGCUGACUGUCAAACGCCGACCCGGCCACUCCGAUCUCGAACCUGUAAACUAUGACCGAUAACGAUAACAACUCUCGAGCUCCUACGGCCGCAGCUGACCUUCCCAGAUUGCCCAGCUCACUGCGAGAGGCCAUCAUAAAUUCUCUCCCACGGACUGCUUUUUACAUUUCAGAAUUUCUAAGCGAGGAGGAAGAAAGGCAGAUCCUAUCCAAGAUAGAUGCGGCCCCCAAACCGAGAUGGAAACAACUUACCCAUCGUAGGCUUCAACCCUGGCCCUCAGACUUAGUCAACAACACUCUCUUGGAUGCACCUCUACCGGCAUGGCUUGAAGACCCUGUUGUAACUAGACUGGCGGCUAUCCCCCUUGCCAGCACGACCGAGGACUCCAUAUUCUCCGACAGUCCACACCGUCGCCCGAACCAUGUACUCAUCAACGAAUACCCUUCAGGCGUCGGCAUCAUGCCACACAAGGACGGACCAGCGUAUCACCCGGUAGUUUGUACCGUCAGUCUUGGAGGCAGCCUUUGUCUCAACAUACAUAAAAGCAAGGACGAUGGAACUCUAGAGUCUGAGCCCUCGUGGCGAGUGCUACAAGAGCCCAGAAGCCUUUUGAUCACCACUCAUGACCUUUACACGAAUUAUCUCCAUGGUAUCGCAGACGUAAAUGCAGAUGAAGGACUCUCCGAGGCAACCGUUGCAAACUGGGACCUUCUGCGAUCCAAGGAACCGUUUGUUGGCGGACGCAACGAACGUACAGUACGGACGAGCCUCACAUACAGAGACGUCUUGAAGGUUUCCAAGCUAGGCAAUAAGUUUGGUGCUUUCGUCAAUCGAUAAGACCAAGUCGACUGUCUAUACGCGAUUUUGUCAUCUCGCCAUGAUGCUUGCUUCGAACCGACUAGUACACCAGAGGGAUCAUGGUCCAUCGGGCCGCUAUCUUUUCGGCACCGAAUUUGGCCUCAUACCAUUUUCGAGUGCCGUGUGCCGUCAAGCCAAGGUUGACUGCCACAAAUACAAUUGCCGACAGUAUUGUUUUGUUAAACAUCUGCCCUUCCGGUGCUGCCACGAUGGCCAGCGAGAUGUAGAUGAGACACUCGCAGGUGUAGUGGGCGCAAACCGUGUAUUGGAAGAGCCCUCGUGUUGGGAGCGAGUAUUUCUUGAGACUUGCCAAGUGACUGUGGCACUUGAACUGAGUCACCGAGACGAUGAUGAACAUGACAGAGCCUGUGAAAACCUUGAGACCAGGGCUAUGGGCGUCAUUGGGUUUUGACCAUUGGUCGAGGAUGGAUCCUUUGGGUACACAAGAUUAGUGGUUUGGGAAUGAAAUUUGGCGCCCCUGGCUGAUGAUUUUACGGUGAAGGUGUGAGCACGCUCACCUGAACCUUCGAUCCACACGGCAACACUCAUGGAUAUGUAGAAAGACAGCCCGAGUGCCCAAUGGAUGAUCCACAUCUUGGAAGUCGAAGAUCGGAGAACGAAUAGCUGCUCGAAUAGUCGCCUAGCUCCCUGUAGUGCCAUCAAAGCCCAUGCCACCUUGACCGCCACCAGGCUCUGGCCCAUGGCUUCAGAACGGCUAGCAUCCUGGGUUGACACGAUCACCCGCAGAAUUUCACCUUGAAAGGCAAACUGGUAUGCCCAAAAGGCUGAGCUGGCCAGCGAUAUUGCAUAAAAAGCAGCGAACCACGAGUGUGGUAUCUGGCCCCACGACGUGACGGUGGCGGUGAUGUUCUCCAGCCAGUCGCUUCCAGCCGCAGCUGCACUUUGUCUCGAGCCACCGCGGGCGCCGUAGUCAAGAAGGAGUCUGCGAGUCCGCGAAGGUAAGACUGUGAGGGCGAGGACUGCAGCUGCUGCUAGGAUGAAGAAAGUCUGUACCCAUUGGGCUGGGGACAGCAACUGGAGGACGGCAAGGCCGGCAUCGUAAACCCCCAUUGCUCUACAGGUAUUUUUUUAUUCGCCCUUGGCGAAUUUCGAGUAAAAUUCACCUUACUGGGUCUGGAAUAGCGACGGCGGCACAACUUGCGUUUGGACAGACCGAAGUGGUGUUGGGCGGAUGCUUGGGAAGUUUGCUGAAUGUUUGUUGGACGUCACCUUGCCCGCUGGUUUCUUCAAGCUUUCGACGACCCACCAAACACCCUGGAAGUUCAGUUGCUUCUCCACCAGACGCUUGGGUCAACAUCAUGUGCUUGUCUUGGGGACGCAUUUCUUAAACAC